AGUCCGAGCGGAAUCUAUUGUGGAGAUGUUGGAGACAGAGAGACAGAGGAGACAGAGACAUAUUGUUCUUCUACGGAGCUACACGCCGAAACCGGUAGAAAAAUGGAUACUAAAAACACGACAUUUCACUAACUGCAAAUAUAACAUUUGGUGAAAUCCGAAAGAUCCUGUCAGACGAAUGGUUUUAUUAUUAAGAGCCGACAUCACAACUGUUACUUUCACUAGCUAGCAGGCUAGCAGGCUAGCAGACGAGCUCCAAUGGCUGCAUGCUUGGAAUGGAUAGCUCGUUGAAACUAUUCUCUAGUAAGGAUUUAUAUCGUCAAUGGAAUAAACAUCUCGUCGUCGUCGUCGGUAAUCUAAAGUAACGAUCUCCGUCUUCGUCUCGACUGAACGGUACCGUUCACACACCGCGGACACAACAAGAAACAAGAAGAAAGUCACAUACAGGCUCACCGGUCGAGGCUCAAGGUUCAACAGACACAGACGGGGAGAACAUGACUCACAGACCUGUGCCAGAUCUUGGCAUGGGGCCACUGUGCCAGCCUCACCCCUACCAGGCCCUCUGAUGCCCCAGUGAAACAUGACCGAGAGGCUGUGAGGCUAGGAUAGCCACCCUGUCCCCCCGUCCCGACAAUACUCUCAACAGUUACCCCUAAACUCUCCAUCCUGCCCCACCAUGCUGCGUUUCCUGCCUCUGAAGCUGGGUCGUCUCUACCGUUGUCUAAAGCUUCUGCUGGUGGUGGGUCUGUUUGUUAUCCUCCUGAUGAACACCCACAACCUGUUCGUCUCCUUCCAGAAGAACGAGCUGACGGACCGCCGCUUCAUCAACCUCAACAAGUGCCCCGCCUGCUUCGGCACCAGCUGGUGCAGGAAGUUCAUGAACGGCCAGGUGUCCUUUGAGACCUGGGGACGCCUGCGCUUCCUGGAUGUCUUCAACGUCAAGAACGUGUACUUCGCCCAGUACGGAGAGCCGCGCGAGGGGACGAGGCGCGUGGUGCUCAAACGCCUGGGGUCCAAUCAGGAGCUGGCGGACAUCGACCAGAAGAUCUGUAAGAGAGCUACUGGCCGUCCGCGCUGCGACCUCAUCCAGGCCAUAUACAAGACUGAGUUCGCCAGGCUGAACGGGGACGUGAGGCUGCUGACCCCUGAGGUGGUAGAGGGCUGGUCUGACCUGGUGCACUGCCCCUCCCAGAGGCUGCUGGACAGGGUGGUGCGACGUUAUGCCGAAACCAAAGACUCUGGCAGCUUCCUGCUGAAGAACCUGAAGGACACCGAGAGGAUGCAGUUACUGAUGACCCUGGCCUUCAACCCUGAGCCCCUCCUACUACAGAGUUUCCCGUCAGACGAGGGCUGGCCGUUCGCCAAGUACCUGGGAGCGUGUGGUCGAGUGGUGGCGGUGAACUACGUCGGCGAGGAGCUGUGGUCUUUCUACAACGCUCCGUGGGACAAGAGGGUCGACCUGGCCCGACAGCUGAUGGACAUCGCUGAGCAGCUCACCAACAACGACUUUGACUUCGCCCUCUACCUGCUGGACGUGAGCUUCGAUAACUUUGCCGUGGGGCCGCGGGACGGAAAGGUGAUCGUGGUGGACGGGGAGAACGUCCUGGUGGCCGACAAGAGACUGAUCAAACAGAAUAAACCAGAGAACUAUGACGUGUGGUACGAGAGUCGCUUCGAGGACUGUGACAAGGAAGCCUGCCUGUCCUUCUCCAAGGAGUCUCUGUGUAACCGCGUCACCGUGGACCACAACUACUACGCUGUGUGUCAGAACCUGCUGUCUCGUUACGCCACGUGGCGAGGGACCACCGGCGGCCUGCUCCACGACCCCCCAGCCCACGUAGCCAAAGACGGCCAGCUGGAAGCGCUGUUGGACGAGUGUACCAACCCUAAAAAACGCUACGGACGCUUCACGGCCGCCAAGGACCUGAGAGACUACCUCACCCAGCUCGUGGCCUCCGCCUCGGCGAGGUAAUGACCAGAGCUGGCGGUUAGCGGUGGCCUGCAUCUCAGCCGCACGGUGGUACGGGUUGGGUGAGGGUUUGAUCUCCCCCUCUCUGACCUUGUCCCCGGGAACUUGACCAUGACUUUUGAACCUUGACACUCCUCCUCGUCUCACUUCAAGUCCAGGAGAUCGCCACCCCGCUGGUCACACUUUGCAGCAGCUUUGAUCGGUCCUCUCGUCUCCUGGUGUCAACCAACCAGAGCAGCUUCAGAGGAGAUGUUUAAAACGGAACUGACUGUGGUAGCUGGUUGGAGCUGAAGGACCAGGAGGAAGAGGAUCAGCCAAUAAGGAGAGCUUUAACCCGUGGUCAGGCUAACAUAGACUGUACAUGACUUCUCUCCUCCACCCAGACCCUCUCCGUUUAUCCAUCAGGACUCUUGUGUUUGCUAUCAUUUUAUCUUAACCAUUCUUUCUUUCUGAAAACGUCCCUGUUGUCCUUUUUUGGUUUGGGGUGGAACGAAUCAGAACGGGAGCAUGUUGACAUUUCUGCUGUAUGUUCUGUUCAGGAGGACGGUCACUAUCUCAACUCUGCUAUUGUCCCACGUGGAGACCUGAGCACAGCACCGCAGGUUAACAGAGGAAGAUAAAGCCUUGGCUAUAAAAGUCUACUUCCUGCUACUCUAAUUGAUCACUUGAUUUCCAGUUCACCUGAAGUCAGGCAAUCUAGGUUUUUAUAUAGGGAGGGAGGAACAGGAUAGUGAUGCCAAUGAGGACUGUGGUGGUGCAGAAUCUGAUAUUAGAUGUUGUGUGUCUUUACCAAAGAGGCUAUAUGAAACACUGAACUACCCCCCAGUACCAUGCAUGACACAACGCUGUUCUGAUCCUGUAUGACUGCCCAGAGGAACCUUCCCUCCAUCUGUCUGGCAACACAAUCUGCAUAGGAACGAUUUGUAUGAAUCCAACUUAAGCCCAGGGUCAGCGUUAACCAGGCUCCCUUCUCUGUGUUGAAUCAGAGCUAAGCCCAGGGUCAGGGUUAACCAGGCUCCCUUCUCUGUGUUAAAUGAGAACCAGGCUCCCUUCUCUGUGUUAAAUGAGAACCAAGCUCCCUUCUCUGUGUUGAAUCAGAGCUAAGCCCAGGGUCAGGGUUAACCAGGCUCCCUUCUCUGUGUUGAAUCAGAGCUAAGCCCAGGGUCAGGGUUAACCAGGCUCCCUUCUCUGUGUUGAAUCAGAGCUAAGCCCAGGGUCAGGGUUAACCAGGCUCCCUUCUCUGUGUUGAAUCAGAGCUAAGCCCAGGGUCAGGGUUAACCAGGCUCCCUUCUCUGUGUUAAAUGAGAACCAGGCUCCCUUCUCUGUGUUGAAUCAGAGCUAAGCCCAGGGUCAGGGUUAACCAGGCUCCCUUCUCUGUGUUAAAUCAGAGCUAAGCCCAGGGUCAGGGUUAACCAGGCUCCCUUCUCUGUGUUGAAUCAGAGCUAAGCCCAGGGUCAGGGUUAACCAGGCUCCCUUCUCUGUGUUGAAUCAGAGCUAAGCCCAGGGUCAGGGUUAACCAGGCUCCCUUCUCUGUGUUGAAUCAGAGCUAAGCCCAGGGUCAGCGUUAACCAAGCUCCCUUCUCUGUGUUGAAUCAGAGCUAAGCCCAGGGUCAGGGUUAACCAGGCUCCCUUCUCUGUGUUAAAUCAGAGCUAAGCCCAGGGUCAGGGUUAACCAGGCUCCCUUCUCUGUGUUGAAUCAGAGCUAAGCCCAGGGUCAGCGUUAACCAAGCUCCCUUCUGUGUUAAAUCAGAGCUAAGCCCAGGGUCAGGGUUAACCAGGCUCCCUUCUCUGUGUUAAAUGAGAACCAGGCUCCCUUCUCUGUGUUAAAUGAGAACCAGGCUCCCUUCUCUGUGUUAAAUCAGAACCAGGCUCCCUUCUCUGUGUUAAAUCAGAACCAGGCUCCCUUCUCUGUGUUAAAUCAGAACCAGGCUCCCUUCUCUGUGUUAAAUCAGAACCAGGCUCCCUUCUCUGUGUUGAAUCAGAACCAGGCUCCCUUCUCUGUGUUAAAUGAGAACCAGGCUCCCUUCUCUGUGUUAAAUCAGAACCAGGCUCCCUUCUCUGUGUUAAAUCAGAACCAGGCUCCCUUCUGUGUUAAAUCAGAACCAGGCUCCCUUCUCUGUGUUAAAUCAGAACCAGGCUCCCUUCUCUGUGUUAAAUCAGAACCAGGCUCCCUUCUCUGUGUUAAAUGAGAACCAGGCUCCCUUCUCUGUGUUGAAUCAGAACCAAGCUCCCUUCUCUGUGUUGAAUCAGAACCAAGCUCCCUUCUCUGUGUUAAAUGAGAACCAGGCUCCCUUCUCUGUGUUGAAUCAGAACCAGGCUCCCUUCUCUGUGUUAAAUCAGAGCUAAGCCCAGGGUCAGGGUUAACCAGGCUCCCUUCUCUGUGUUGAAUCAGAGCUAAGCCCAGGGUCAGGGUUAACCAGGCUCCCUUCUCUGUGUUGGAUCAGAGCUAAGCCCAGGGUCAGGGUUAACCAGGCUCCCUUCUCUGUGUUAAAUGAGAACCAGGCUCCCUUCUCUGUGUUAAAUGAGAACCAGGCUCCCUUCUCUGUGUUAAAUGAGAACCAGGCUCCCUUCUCUGUGUUAAAUCAGAACCAGGCUCCCUUCUCUGUGUUAAAUCAGAACCAAGCUCCCUUCUCUGUGUUAAAUCAGAACCAGGCUCCCUUCUCUGUGUUAAAUCAGAACCAAGCUCCCUUCUCUGUGUUGAAUCAGAACCAGGCUCCCUUCUCUGUGUUAAAUCAGAACCAGGCUCCCUUCUCUGUGUUAAAUCAGAACCAGGCUCCCUUCUCUGUGUUAAAUCAGAACCAGGCUCCCUUCUCUGUGUUAAAUCAGAACCAAGCUCCCUUCUCUGUGUUAAAUCAGAACCAAGCUCCCUUCUCUGUGUUAAAUCAGAACCAAGCUGCCUUCUCUGUGUUAAAUCAGAACCAGGCUCCCUUCUCUGUGUUAAAUCAGAACCAAGCUCCCUUCUCUGUGUUGAAUCAGAACCAAGCUCCCUUCUCUGUGUUGAAUCAGAACCAAGCUCCCUUCUCUGUGUUGAAUCAGAACCAAGCUCCCUUCUCUGUGUUGAAUCAGAACCAGGCUCCCUUCUCUGUGUUGAAUCAGUGAUUACUUCAAGAGAUAAUUAAAGGAAGGGUGGAUGCAUUUUCAAACAGACCCUAAGAAUUGGGCCACAGUGUGAAUGUCGCAUUGCCAUUGCAGUGGACUGCAGUACCCACAGAGUCUGUAAUUGAUAACUGACUCCAUGUCUGACUGUUUGAAAAAGGAAAUGUUGAUCCUUUCUUGUUCUGCGCGUUUUAUCCACUUCCUCAACAACCCCAGAUUUGGCUCAUCACACGUCGUAAUUUCACAGAGUUUUGUGUUCAUUAUUAAACGUUGCCUCCUCACUGCUCAGCUUCACGUUGAGCCAUCCAGCUUUAAAUGGUAUGUAUGUUUUAUCUCCAACACAUUAGAGCACAUUUGGGUUGAUUUUGCACUUGGUGGACCAAUAAAUUAAAGCCCAAGUAA